AUGCAGCCUUUUGCCAGGGAAGUCGCUAUUGAGUCAUGGAUCUUGUAUGCUAUCGGGAUUUUGAUAAUCGGCUGUCGCCUAGCCUCCCGACGAAUAUUGCUCAAGUCAUGGAUGAAGCUGCAAAUGGAUGAUGCACUCAUGUGUUUGAUUGCGAUCACUUUCACCGGGCUUAUACUCUCAAUGAAUAGCAUGGCCCAGGUUGCCAGUAAUCCGAUUGUUCAUGAAGAAAAUCCGACACCACACGCGGUGGCACUUAUGGUGUGGGGUAACAAGAUGAUCUUUAUAGUGGAGCAGUUCGCCUUGAGCACAAUAUGGCUGGUUAAGGGCUGCCUUCUCAUUGUCUACAAUCGUUUAACGCUUAUGACAAAAGAGCAUUCAGUGGUGAAGAUAGUAACGCUGUAUGUUGUGGUCUCUUUUCUUAUCAUUGAGAUCCUCUUCUUGGGUGUUUGGUGCCAGCCGAUCAGUGAAUACUUUAAUCCUUUCACUUAUGAAUACCAAUGUGGAUCCUACUUGAACCAUUUGAUCACGACGACUAUUCUCAACAUCUCUUCGGAUUUGCUGAUGCUGGGUAUCCCAUUACCACUCUUCAUCCGAUCACAGCUACCCCUCAAGAAGAAGAUUGCCGUGUGUGCUGUAUUCAGUCUUGGUGGGAUCGUUAUCCUUAUGGCUACUUUGAAUAAGUAUUACAAUUUUAUUGAACUCGGUAGCCCUCGAUUCUUGAAAUGGUAUGCUGCGGAGGUUUCUACAGCGGUCUAUGUUGCUAAUAUGCCGCUUCUAUGGCCACUUCUUCGGCAGACCUUUAACUGCCGGACCGCCACGAGGACUGGCGUCAUUGCCCUUGCAUUCGCUAUUUCAUCCAAGGCAUCGGACGGAUUCGGUCAACUCUAUACUUCACUGCUCACAGGAGGGCAGCGUGGACACAUAUGA